GAAAAUGAGUGAUAUUGAGAGGAAAAAACCUUUCUCGUCACUAGAAAAGGAUUUAUUUUUAAAUAUCAUUCAAAAAUAUGAUGAGAUAUUGUCGUGCAAAAAAACUAACGCAAUCAGUGCUCUUAAAAAGAAGAAUUGCUGGGAGAAUAUAAGGAAUGAAUUUAAUUCAUCUCCAAUCGUCACUCAAAAAGCAGCCACGAAACAACUUCUUAAGCUGUGGUAUAAUAUGAAAGCCAAGGCUAGAGAAGCUAAAACCAAAGAAAACGUAAGGUUCAUGACUGGUGGAGGCCCAUUAGUGGAUGAUAUGAAUCCCAUAGAUGCAAAAGUCAUGGAUAUUGAUAAGAAUAUUUUGACGAAUGUACAAGUGGAUGUGGACAGUGACAUAAAUGGUUCAUUGGUGAAACUUGGGGAUGAAAACGAUGAAGCAUGGAGCAAGAACACCAAUUGUUAUGCGGACAUUCCCGAUUUACCUGAUAAAACAAUAGAAAUGACCUUAAAAGAAAGUACAUCUACACCGAAAGAGCAAUUACAACACCAGCAAGAAAUGCACAAAGAAGAUUUAAAAAUAAAAAUAAUGGAAAGGGAACAUAAGGAAAAAAUUUGGGCUAUAGAAUUAAAAAUUAAAGAGAGACAAUUGUUAGAAUAA